UGUUAUUCAGGAGCCAUGGAAUCAGUAUUAGAACGUUUCAAACACUAUUUCAUAAAUCAGAAUUAGCUAGUUCUUGCAAUGAGACAAUCACUUCACCAGUGAUAUCCUUGAAGAGAUUUUACAACGUACUUGAAUUUUCACCAAAAUGUUUCCCAAGAAGGUGCAUGUUUUAUUCACAUGUUAGGGCAACAGACAGUAGUAAUGAAGAAGAUGAUAUUGAAGAUGGCUUCUCGGAGCUUGAACCUACAGUGGUAACCUUAGAUGGUACUAGUGAGGAUGGAAAUAAAGAUGAAUUGGUUUCUGAACCAGAGUUGUCUGAGGAAGAUGAACAUUAUGAUGUUGAAGAACAAUCAAAUGAGACCCGUAGAGGAACUGAUAAAGGAUAUCCUAACAGGAAGAGUUCUUUAAUGUUGCUCAAAUCUGUUACUGAUUCUUCGUCUGUUGAAAAUGCUUUAGAUAAAUGGAUUGAAGGCGGAAAUGAGGUGCAUAAGACAGAUAUAUACUUCCUUAUGGUAAACCUUCGAAAGCGACGAAUGUAUGGGAAGGCCUUGCAGCUCUCAGAAUGGCUAGAAUCAAAUAAGAAGGUUGAUUUUGUUGAGAGAGAUUAUGCUUCUCGACUUGAUCUAAUUUCCAAGACGCAAGGCCUCCAGAAUGGCGAGAGCUACAUUGGAAAGAUUCCUGAAUCUUUCAGAGGAGAAGUAGUUUACAGGACUUUGCUUGCUAAUUGUGCCAUGACAACAAACGUGAAGAAAGCUGAAGAAGUUUUCAACAAAAUGAUGGAACUCGGAUUUCCAGUUACAGCCUUUGCUUGCAACCAGUUACUCCUACUACACAAAAGAAGUGACAAGAACAAGAUAGCCGAUGUGCUUCAACUAAUGGAGAAAGAGAACGUCAAACCAACUCUAUUUACUUACCAUAUAUUGAUAGACGCAAAAGGCCAGGCAAAAGAUAUACAGGCAAUAGAUCAGAUUUUUGAAACUAUGAAAGAAGAAGGAACUGAACCCGAUAACAAAACACUAGCCCUGAUCGCGAAAUAUUACGUCUUGGCAGGUUUUAAAGAGAAAGCAAAGGCGUUUAUGAAGGAAAUUGAAGGAAAAAACACUAAAGAUCUUCAAAAGUCUGCAGGGGCGUUACUGUCUCUCUACUCGGGCCUUGGAGAAGAAGAGGAAGUUCGGAGAAUCUGGAAAGCAUGCGAAGCGACCGCUAAUAGUCAAGAAUGUCUUUCAGCUAUAGAAGCUUUUGGGAAACUGAACAAAGUCGAAGAAGCGGAGGCUGUCUUUAACGGGAUGCAAAAACGAUGGAAAUUCAAGAAAAACCCGUGUUUGAAACAAUACACCAUGCUUUUGAAAGUUUACGUUGAUCACAAGAUGUUGACAAAGGGUAAGGAUCUGGUGAAGCAGAUGGUUGAGAGCGGUUUAAGGAUUGGUCCUUGGACUUGGGACGUUUUGGUAAAUUUAUACGUUGUUUCGGGUGAAGUGGAGAAAGCUGAUUCCAUAUUGACUAAGGCUGCAAUGCAGAACCAGAUGAAACCGCUUUUUCAGUCGUAUAUGACUAUUAUGGAAGAAUAUUCGAAGAGAGGAGAUGUUCAUAAUACAGAGAAAAUGUUUUAUAGGAUGAGACAGGCAGGGUAUGUUUCUCGUGUUCGACAGUUUGUAACGUUGGUGCGGGCUUAUGCGAUUGCUAAGGUUCCGGCCUAUGGGAUUAAAGAGAGGAUUAAGGCAGAUAAUAUCGUUUUGAGUAAGGGUUUGGCGGCUCAAUUGGUUCAGGUUGAUGCGUUUAAGAGGAAUCCUGUUUCGGAUUUGCUUGAUUGAGAAGUUGGGGAAAAUGUUGUUAACUCAUUUCAAAUAAUUUGGAAUCCUCUUAUUCAAUUACCUAUGACCAUUUUGAAAUAGCUGUUUCAUUUAUAAAUUAGAAUUUAAAAUGCCAUUCAU